UAAAACCCCUAAACCUGAAAAAAAACCCUACUUCCCUUUGCAUAUAUAAACAAACAAACUAGUGAAAAGUGUCUCGGCAGAGAGAGGGCAACCAUGUCGAAGAGAGGUCGUGGUGGUUCCGCCGGGAACAAGUUCCGUAUGUCACUGGGUCUUCCAGUGGCGGCGACGGUGAAUUGCGCAGACAACACUGGAGCAAAGAAUCUCUACCUCAUUUCCGUCAAGGGAAUCAAGGGUAGACUUAACCGUCUUCCUUCAGCUUGCGUUGGUGACAUGGUGAUGGCCACCGUCAAGAAAGGAAAACCCAAUCUCAGGAAAAAGGUUUUACCUGCCGUCAUCGUUCGUCAGCGUAAACCAUGGCACCGAAAGGAUGGCGUCUUCAUGUAUUUUGAAGAUAAUGCUGGUGUUAUUGUGAACCCUAAGGGUGAAAUGAAAGGGUCUGCUAUCACUGGACCAAUUGGUAAGGAGUGUGCUGAUCUUUGGCCAAGGAUUGCAAGUGCUGCCAAUGCCAUUGUAUGAGUGGAAAUUCUGAUUCUUGCAAGUGCUACCUAAGGGGGGAUUUUAAUUUAAGACUAGCCUAUGUUUAUUUUUCUAUGUUAAGUUUUCUGAGAUUUUGUUUAUGGCCCAAUUUUAUCAACAUUUUGUCGUUCCUUGAAUUUUUGUCAAUUAUCUUCUUUUUUGAAUAUAUUGUAUCACCAUUUUGUUGUUCA